AUGGAAGCUUUUGCCUAUGAACCUGUUAGCGAAGAUAUACGUGUAGUUGUUGGUGUAGACUUUGGCACUACUUAUUCAGGAUUUGCUUACACUUAUGUCCAAGAAAAUAAGGAGAAAAUUGAAAUUGUAGUUAAUGAUGAAUGGGGAAAUUUCAAAAGUCCUAAUAAAACCAAUACUGCAUUGCAAUAUGACGAAACGUAUAGAGUUGUUGUUAAUUGGGGUGCUGGUGCAUUAAGUUCCGAACCUACAAAACGAAGAAGAUUCAACUUACCAAAACCAAUAGAAUAUUUUAAAUUUUAUUUGGGUGAUGAUGUUCCUGACAGUAAAAAACCAAGAUUACCACAAGAAAUUACUUUUGAAAAGGCUAUAUCUGAUUUUCUCCGUGAAAUGGGCAAAACUCUUGGCACGUUAAACCUUCAAUUCACCACUGAACCGGAAGCCGCGUCAGUAUAUUGCAUAAAUAAAUUGAAAGAGCUCGAUAUGAAGGAAGGAGUAACUUAUUUGGUUGUUGAUUGUGGCGGUGGAACCGUAGAUUUAACAGUAAGAAGAUUAUUACCAGGCGGUCGAAUAGCAGAAACAACUGAACGUACAGGUGAUUUUUGUGGUGGUACUUAUGUUGAUGACGAGUUCAUCAAAUUUCUUGAGGAGAAAGCUGGUAAAUCUGCUGUAAAAAUAUUAAAGGAGAAGCAUUACGAUCAAGUUAAUUAUAUGGUGCAUAAAUUUUUUUGCCCUGAGAUUAAACUUCCUUUCAGUGGUAAAAAGGAUGGUUUUAAAAUUAUUGAAUUUGACAUUGAAAAAAAAUGUCCUGCACUUAUCCAAUAUAUAACCGGUUUGGAAAGAGACAAUUUGGAAGAUGAUGAAUGGGUUAUUGAUCUUGAUUUUGAUACUGUGAAAUCCUUUUUUGAUCCGGUAAUUAGAAGGAUUUUAAGAUUGAUCGCUUUACAAUUAUCGAAAUGUCCGGAUUGCUCUGUGCUAUUUUUGGUUGGAGGCUUUGGUGAAUCAAGGUACCUCCAACAUAGAAUUAAAGAAGAAUUUGGAAAUCAAGUAAAAAUAGCAAUUCCACCUAACCCAUCGACUGCAAUUUUGAGAGGUGCAUGUGAAUAUGGACUUGAUACGAAAACCGUAGCUACAAGAGUAUUAAAAUGGUCUUAUGGUGUUAUGGUUUCUAAACUUUGGGAAGUCAGUGAUCCAGCAUCUCGUAUGGAUUCUAAUGGUAGGAUAGACAAGUUUUACUUAUUAGCUAGCAAGGGAACAGAAGUGGAUGUGGAAAAAGAGUUUUCCGAUUCUAUGGUUCCAAUUUUUCCGGAUCAAACUUCUAUAUUAUUUCAAUUUUUCUAUACAACCGAAUAUAGUGCAACAUAUUGUGAUGAACCUCAUAUGAGAAAGUUAGGUAGUUUCAGAGUUAAUGGUUUACCUACUGAGA